UUGCUUUUUAUUUUUAAUGAAUUUGUGUGUGAAACGAACAAAAUGGAGCGCAAAGAAGUGGACGCCGAACAGUUCAUCGACCACACGCUGCUGGCGACGGAGCUGAUGCACAAUAACUUUAUGAUGGAUCUAAUGGAUCACACUGGCGUAUUUCCCAAAGCCGAAGGACCCACCAAUCUCAGCACAAGCGGACAUGGCGCCACAGCUGGCUCGCCGCCAGAACUCAAUUUCCACAAUACAAUUUUUCAGUUUGUCAACAAACAUGUUGUCGGCGGCGGCGUUGACGAGGAAGAGGAGGUAGGUGGCGUACCAAAGGUGUCUGACAAGGAAACGGAUGUGGAAUUUCUCACCAUCAACAGCAGCUUCCUCGAUCGUGGCUCAGAGAGGACAACAGGCGAAACGGGCAGCGCCGGCGAUGUGGUGGCACAGCAAGAGCAGCAGCAGGUGCCACAACCAGCAUUUCCGGCAUUGGCGAUUGAGCCAACGGUGCCCAUCGAUGUGUCCAAUGCGCUGGAGGAUGAGGAUUUUCUCUAUGCGCACAAUGCGUGCACAAUCAAUGCCCGCAAAGUGUUGCCGCACAAGAAGCGCAUCUCGCGCAAACUGAAGGGUUCGAUGUGCAGCAUGGAUACGGCGGACUUGGAGCAGAAUCAGCAGCACAAGCAUCAUGUGCAUCAGGUGCAACAACAGGUGGUGCAGCCAACGGUGCAGCAGGUGGUGGCCAACUAUAGCUGCGAAAUCUGCGGCUACGCAGUUCAAACACAAAUCGAAUUUUAUGCACAUCUCAAGCAGCACUAUGAUCCCGUGCAUGAUCUCGAGCGGCGUCUCGAUGUGCCACAACAACAGCAGCAGCAGCAACAACAGCAGCAGCAUCAACAACAGCAGCAGCAUCAAAAGGAGCCACUGGAUAUGUGUGGCCUAUCAACACAGGACAAGGUCUUUCACGAUGUGCAGCUUAACUUUGAGAACUUUCACAGCAUCAGCCAUCAUCAUGUGCAUGAUGACGAUGACGAUGAUGAUGUUGUGAAUGAUGUAAGCGUCAAUAUGGUCAUACAUUCGGAUGCAAUGUCCAUGCACAACAAAGCCAGCGAUGGCAAACUGACGCCAGUAGUUGCCACAAAUGCAUCAACUGUCUCCGCCUCGCAUGAUGUGGCCGUUGCUGUGGACGAUGUGGAGUUUAGUGAUCCUGAGGAUAUGCUCGGUGGUAUGCGCGAUGUGGUCGAUAAGGUCUCCAUUGAGGAUACCUGCGAUGAGCUGGUCGAUCUGGAGCUGACCACAAGUGGCAUGCGUGCACCUUGGUUUAAUAACAAUUUCAGUGAUAUAGGAUUCUCGGGUCUGCUGCUGCCAGGUGAACCACCAACACCUGCACAACCACAACCACCACAAUCAGCUACAACCCCAUCAACAGCAAGCACUGACGUAGAUCCACUGCUCAAAACACAACCGGAGCAACAAAUGACGCUCAGUUUUCUCAAUAAGCCGGAUGGACAACAGCAGCAGCAGCAGCAAUUGGUGGCGCAUCCCAAACUGGAAAUGGGACACAAGAAGAACUAUAUUGCGGCCGCGGCAUUCAAUGCCAUCCAAUCCAAUGGCAAUGGCAAUGAACAGACGCUAUUGAUUACCUCGCCGGAGCACGCAUCAUCAUCAUCGCCCAACUCGGGCUCGGCCAUUGAGCAACUGCAGCGCUCGCCGCUAAUCAUAAGCGAAUCGUUUAAGCUGGAGGAUGUGGAGAGCAGUGUGCCAGCGGGCAGCAUUGCAUCCAGUUCGCCAGCAGCCACAGUCAUCGAAGAUGAGGACAAUGCCGAUAGCUAUCUGUUGGAGCUGGACAACAAGUCCACCAGCGAUGAUCCCAGCAACAACAACGGGGCAACAAAGCGCAAAUUCCAUUGCGAUAAGUGCGCCAGGGACUUCAAUUCAUACAAUGCCCUCAAAUAUCAUCAGCACACACAUAGCAAGGAGCGUGCAUAUCAAUGUCCCACCUGCCAGGCUUCCUUCUACACGCCCAGUUCCCUCAAACAACACGAACGCACACACUCCGGCAUCCGGCCGUUUAAGUGCGAACAGUGCGAUUUCAAGUUUCGACAAUGGGGCGAUCUCAAGUUGCACAUCAUCUCGCGGCACAGCGAGAUAAAGGCGCACAUGUGCGAAUACUGUGGCAAGAGUUUCUCCCGGAAAUACUCGCUGGUUGUGCACCGUCGAAUCCACACGAGCGAAAAGAACUACGCGUGCAAGUACUGUGAGAAGACAUUUCGGGCCAGCUCCUAUCUGCUGACCCACAUCAAGGUGCAUACGGGCGAGAAGCCCUAUUCGUGCUCCGUUUGCGACAAGAAAUUCCGGGUGAAUGGUGAUCUGAAGCGACACUCGCGCAUUCACGAUCCGUCGCGACUGACGCAGCGCACCAAGCGCUGGAAGCAAAUCGAGGAUGAGGUGGACGACGAGGAGGAGCCGAUGAUUAAGUCUGAUGCCGUUUGUGGCGAAAGUGAACAGGAAAUUUUGGGCUGUUAGUUAGCCAGAUGUGCCAAGGUUUCUGCACAACUCUAGUAUUAACACAUGACUAGCCACUAAACCCCUCUUAGAAUCUGUACUCAAUAGUGUAAAUAGAAACCAAUGCUUGUGUAAUUAAUGUAAGUAGAUCUAGAAGCAAAAAAGUAUGUCAUCAAUUUGGAAUUACAAAGUGACUAAAAACCAAGCAAAUCAAGAAGCAACUGUUUAUAUUAAAUAUUAUA